UCUAAAUCAUUCACGAAUGUUGUCAUUUUUGUUUUAUCCUUUGUGCAACUCGGAAAUAGGUAACUCAAAUAUUUUUUUUGAGAUAUAUGUAGAGUUAUGAGUUCUUCAAAGCAAAGAGAAAUCAGCAAUCAAGUAGCUCGCAGUAGAUAUCUUGCAGCAAUUGAUUCGCACGUUACGUUGGAGGGAUCUCGUUUGGAUGGUGAACAACUUCAAAAAGAACUUAGAACUAAAUCACUUCAAGGAAUAAUAGUUGAUUCCUUGGGCAUCUAUGGAGAAAAUGACUUUGCAAACCUUGGAAAAAAAAAAUUGUUGCCUUCCUCAUUUAUAGGUGGACCGAGAGACAUGAGAAAACAAUUGAACAAAGAGCCUCUUCAGGUAAAUUCUUCUACAACCAAGGAUUUUCGCAAUGAUUAUGGGACUCCCGAGAAAACCGUAGGUUCUAGGAAGGUUAUUGGUGAAGAUAAAGCUCAUGAGCCGAUGAUGCCAGUUGAAGAUGAUUGCGGUACAUCUAUUAGCCAAAUUAUCUAACUUGGAUUUAUAAUUACAACAGUUGGAGAAGCCACUUUUGAGACAUGCAUUUCUCUUCGCUUUGCCACAUAAUUUGUAUCGUACAGUUUGAACCAUUUUGAAUUAUGUAUCUCUGUAUGAAAUAUAACUCCAAUUAUGCACUCGCUUGGAAUAUGAUAAUGUAUGAAGGAUUUCUUGUAACAUACAAUGUUAUAAAAUAGUUUAUUCUAUUGUAA